UAUAUACUACAUACCUACGGCGUUCUACCGAAUCUUCUUCAAUCUGAUUUCAGGAAAACAUUAAUAAUUGGUAGAUAUAAGACAUCUAGGGCCAUAAUUUCCGGUGCAAGCUCUAUUAAUCAUGAACCCAUGAUACACUCGGGUCCAAAGUUUGAUAAACACAUCUACAGUAUAUAUAUAAAACCACUGAGCUUCUCUGUUAUUUUAAUCGAAAACGCGCAGUCGAAGACAUUGUUGUUUGAAAACCACAUCAGGCUUUGAACAUUUCUACGGGAUUGUUUAUGGGAACUUGGUAACAGGAAGCGGAAUAAUAGUAACAUGGCUCCCAGAAACUUGGUUGACGCGUCUCCUGUACCCGUCGGUGAACUCUACGAGGAUACGGCCGCUGUAGAAGAAGAGCCAAAAGUCCAAGUGCCGAUUAGAAUUGUUUGGAGGAACGUGUUUCUUUUCUCGUUACUUCACAUCUCGGCAGUCUAUGGCAUUUUUCUCAUUCCCCAAGCAAAACUCCUCACAAUUGCCUUUGCCAUCUUGCUGUACAUAGGCAGCGCCAUGGGCAUCACGGCAGGUGCUCACAGACUGUGGUCUCACCGGUCUUACAAGGCCAGGCUACCUCUGAGGACAUUCCUCGCUUGUCUACAGUCUCUGGCUUUUCAGAACGAUAUCAUUGAGUGGGUCCGAGAUCACAGAGUGCAUCACAAGUACUCGGAGACGGACGCAGACCCCCACAACGCGUUACGCGGGUUUUUCUUCGCGCACAUUGGCUGGUUGUUGGUGAGAAAACAUCCCGAUGUCAAAACCAAGGGGAAGCAGAUUGACUUAAGCGACCUUUACGCUGAUCCUGUGUGCGUUUAUCAAAGAAAGUUUUACUACCCAUCUGUUCUGCUGUUCUGUUUUAUACUACCAACGCUGGUUCCGUGGUACUUCUGGGGCGAGAGUAUUUGGGUUGCCUACGUCAUAUGCGCCCUCUUGCGGUACUGUGCGGCACUAAACGCGACGUGGCUGGUCAAUAGCGCCGCACAUUUAUACGGAAACAGACCGUAUGACAAAAACAUCAACCCUAGAGAAAACAGAAUGGUAGCAUUUGGAGCGAUAGGAGAAGGAUUCCAUAACUUCCACCACACUUUCCCUCAUGACUAUUCCACCAGCGAAUUCGGAUGGCGUAAUUGUUUAAAUCUCACGACUGCGUUCUUAGAUCUCAUGGCCGUUUUUGGCCAAGUUUAUGACAGGAGAAAAAUAUCUCCUGAAGUUGUUAUGCGACGAAAGUUAAGGACUGGUGAGGUGACAGAUAAAUGAAAUUAUUAUUAGGCAAUAUAUGAUGUGCACUGAUUGUGAUACGAACACAAUGGCCAGUUAGUGAUUGCGUUAGUUGAACAUCUCCAACGCAAUCACACAACCAGUGUAUUAGUAUAGAGGAGCAGGCCACCCUUGUACGAACGUACUAGGGAAUAUCAAUGUUCCAGAUUUUAUCGUUGUGCUUUAUUAAUGUACAACAUGCGAACUCAUGUGAAACUUAAAACCAAAGAACAGGAGUCUCACGCAUCUUAAUUAAAGGAAACACUAAGUACUUGAAAGCAUUUUAUGACUUUUGUUAAACAGGUGCAUUUGUACUGCAGUAUAUACGUACUUAAGAUAUGUUGUUCUUGCUUGGUGCCUCUUGAAAUUGACAUAUCACUUAUGCUUUAACUGCCACUUUUUAAAAAAAUUCUAAUUACUUUUAUCAAUGUUGUCGAUCCCCUUUCUGUCUGCAUGUAUGUCAGGAGAUCAAGUCAAUCAAAAUCUUUUUAAUCUCAAGAUUGUGGUUUUAAUUCACUGUGGGGUUUUAACAGAAGAAACGUGUGCUUUGCAGCACACAAUUUUAAUUAAAAGAAAAGAAAAUAUUAUAUAAAAUACCUUCAUUCAAUCUAUUUAUUGCAUUUGGUCUAUUUAUAGUGCAGCCAUUGCAAAGAAACGACCGUCUCUUGAUUCCAUGGUACAGAAUUGCAGAGCCCAUGCUCCAGCACUCAAAAUGCCAUUUUUCCUACAUCCCUUACAGUUGUGUGCCUAUGACAGGGUACACCCUAACCUUAUAAUUGUAUCCCUUGUUCCCAUUUUAUUAAAAUAUAUUAAACUAUAUAAUUGUUGAAAGCAAAAAUAAACCAUUCAUCACUGAUUUAUGCCUUUGUUUUAAAAAUUUAAAAUAUGAAUCUAAUUAUAAAACUAAUUAUAAAUUUAAUUAUACUUUAAGUAAAUGAAAAUACAGAGUAGUACAAAAACAUCUCUGCACCACUGUAUAAAAGGAUUAUGGACUGAAUUCUAAUUAAUCUUCAGGACACUAUGAAUUAACAAUUUUUAAAGACUUUAAAAGUAUGAUCACAUUUUUCAUAAAUUCCAAAGCCGAUGGAUCAUUCCUUAUUUUGUAAAAAAAAAUUUCCCUGAGCCAUAAAAUAUUAGAUAAAAGCAUUCAUAUUCUAGCAAAAAUAGCCAUGCCCGUACAUGCUAUGUAUUAAAGGUCGUAAAUAACCUGCAGACUUCAAUGUGUUUUCAAUAGAUGACCAGAAGGUAAAAAA